UGUGUCAGAAAGACACCAUCUAAGACCGUUUUCUUCAACUCAUGACAGUUCCAGAUGUUUUGAGUGGAUCCGUUCCACUAAAGAAUCCAUCUCUGUUUCAAUAAAGAAUUCUCAGAAGACAUAUUUGGACGAACGUAAGAACAUUGAGAAUAGAGCUUCGACUCUUCCCAGGACAAGGUCCAAAUCACACACCUCUCCAGCAGUUUCUCAAAAGCCCGGCAUCUGUGUUCUUUCUCCUGCCUCGAAACCUAAUCCUCCUUCUACUGCCCCCGCCGUGAGGCCGAAGCCAAACAGCUGGCUUACUGCCCCAGACCCACAGAGCCAUUCUUCUCCUUCACCCACUGUGACCGGACCAAAACCAAGCAAAUCUCCAACUCUGUCCGUCCCUAUAAUCCGACCUAAUCUCUCUCCAACCCUGCUGUGUAAAAUGAUGCUGCCGGGGAGCCAUGGAGCAAAACGCAAGACGACCCCGGUUGUAGUAGAGAAAAGGAGAGUUCAAUCCAUUGUGAACUCUAACACCAGAGACCCGCCAGUGCCUACCACACGAUGGUCCCCAGUGGGAACAACACAAGACGUUCUGGACCAAGACACGCUGGUGAACUUUACUCGAUUGGAAGGUGGUAGGGGAGCAUCCAGGAAGGCCUUCAACAAGGAGUCUGGUCAUCACACUGUCUGUGAUAUGACACCAAAUAACUUUUGGCCAUUGCAAUGCAAAAUAGGUUUCACCAAAGAAAAGGAUAAUGGAUUAUUUUUUCUUGAGAAACCAGAAAUUACGAAGGAAAAUGUUGAUAAAACAGACCUUCAAACGGGAGAAAGGAAAUACACUCAAUCAGACUCUGAAGACGAUGUUGGGAAAGAAUGUGAUCCACUGAAUAUUGGACCCCACAGUUCAUCAAACCACAGACUCAAAAAGAAGUAUGAAAACUAUCUAGAGAACACAACAUGUACAUUGACCAAAAGUGUUCCUGAAACGUGGAAUAAUUUCACAACCGACUCUAAAAGUAAGAAGUCACAGGUGGAAGAAUGUCCUGUCAAAUGUAUGGCUUCCAAAUCUGAAUUCACUGAAUUCACUGGAAGCAUAUCUGGAGAUUUGUCAGCCUUAAGGAGACAUGGGCUUUGGUCUGUUAUACGAAAUGAACCAACAGAUGCACGGAUUACAAAGCGAGGGGAAAGUUCUCUGGAACAGGACCCUCGAGGAUGGGACUCUAAACAAAGUGAAUUAAGUGGAUCCAAGGAACAACCGUACCUGGUGCUAAACCAAACCCAAGAGGCCUCCCAAAGUCGGCCUUUAACAAGAUCAAGACCUGUGGCUCCUCAAUACAACUCAACACACCCUAUCGACCCACAGCUACUAUAUCAAUUCAAUAAGUUGGAUCUCACAAAGUCACUGGCGCAGUGUGCAAACAACCAAAGAACAACCCCUAGUUACCUGGAACCCCAUCGAGUCAAAUGUGUAAGACCACAUGAUCACGGAGCACCCACACAGCUUCCACCGUAUUCCUCCGAAAAGUGCGUUGUAAGCUGGCUAUCGUCCACAGAGGGUGACCCCUUCAAUAGAACCAGAGCUGGCACCGGCUCAAACGAGCCCUGCAGAAUGCCAUCCCAACCCCAGGGGCCCGGCACACACACGGCAGCGGAGGGCCCCGUGGCACACACACAGGCCGCCGCCGCCCGGCCGAGCAGAGCACCUAUCACAGAGGAGCCAGAGGAGCCGUAUUACGUCACCAUGUAUAGCCCGGGCACAGUCUAUGUGUCAAUGGACAUGUCCGACAUCGUCCCCCCUGAGGUACGGCCAAAGCCGGUCGUAGCGGCCAAACCCCCCCACGUGGGGGCGCCGUCUCCCUCCAACCCCUUCCCCCCCCAGGGCCUGGGCGCGGGGACCGGCGGCUCCGGCCCCCCGCCCCCCAGCGCCAUCCCCGUCAUGAUCGGCAGCCACGGGGUCAGCCACGCCCCAAGCCACACCCACAGCCACGUGGGGGCCAACCAUGGGGUGGGGAACAGCGUUAGUGGUCACGGUGGCGUUGGGGCUCUGCCCCAGGGCGCCGGCCCCCAGGGGUCCGCCGGCGGCGGGACCCUGCUGGGCUACAUCGGCAUCGACACCAUCAUCGAGCAGAUGAGGAAGAAGACGAUGAAGACGGGCUUUGACUUCAACAUCAUGGUCGUAGGUCACAGCGGGCUGGGGAAGUCCACCCUGCUGAACACGCUCUUCAAGUCCCAGGUGAGCAGGCGGAGCGCCGGCUGGGCCCGCGACGAGAAGAUCCCCAAGACCGUGGAGAUCAAGGCCGUGUCCCACUUCAUCGAAGAGGGCGGGGUCAAGAUGAAGCUGACCGUUGUGGACACCCCUGGCUUCGGGGAUCAGAUCAACAACGACAACUGCUGGGAGCCAAUAGGAAAGUACAUUAACGAGCAGUACGAGAAGUUCCUGAAGGAGGAGGUGAACAUCACCAGGAAGAAGCGGAUCCCAGACACCCGGGUCCAUUGCUGCCUCUACUUCAUCUCCCCCACGGGGCACUCCCUUCGGCAGCUGGACCUUGAGUUCAUGAAGCACCUGAGCCACUCGGUUAACAUCAUCCCCAUCAUCGCCAAGGCUGACACCAUGACCAUUGAGGAGAGGCUGGACUUCAAGCAGAGGGUGAGGAAGGAGCUGGAGAUGGGGGGCGUGGAGUACUAUCCCCAGAAGGAAUUUGACGAGGACAUGGAAGACAAGAGUGACAACGACAAGAUACGGGAGGCGAUGCCCUUAGCGGUCGUGGGCAGCGAUAAGGAGUACCAGGUCAACGGGAAGCGGGUUCUGGGACGGAAGACCGCUUGGGGGGUGGUGGAAGUGGAAAACCCCAACCACUGUGAGUUCGCCCAGCUGAGAGAUUUCCUGAUCAGGUCUCACCUCCAGGACCUGAAGGAGGUCACACACAACAUCCACUACGAGACCUACCGCGCCAAGAGGCUCCACGGCAACGGGGGGCUGCACCCCGUCGCCGCCAACGACACCCAGGAGAGCAACCUGUGAUCGGUGGCUCAGCCAAUCAGGGACGAGAGGGCGGGGAGACUGAGGGGAUCGGGAGGAGAGCAGUGCGACGACGGCUUCCUAUGUAUAGAUAUGUCCACAUAGACAACGCUGUAUCGAUGUAUCUAUCAGUGGGAGAUGUAGAUAUACGGUAUACAUCGUGACAUGACGUCAGCCCCGCCUCCUCCGCAAUCAUGAUGAGGGUGGGGCAUUACGUGUGGUAAUGCCCAUUUAUUUCAUGU